AUGGACAACUGGAUUGUACAUACGUUAGGCGCUACACCAAAAAAAAGAGCCUUUGAUUCAUAUUGAUGUGGAUAUAUGUUUUUAAGCGUUGACGUAGUUGGUUGGAUUCAUCCUGGCAGUAUUGGGAUGUGCUGAAUGUUGGCAAUGGUGACUGUUGUACGGGGAGUACUUUGCGUAACUUCAAGUUCCUCAUUCAUUCACAGAGGUCAAUUAGCCCCGCGGCAGCUUCACAUUGACAUGCAGUAGCACCAGCCCAAGUAAUUCCUGCAUAAAGGACAACACGAUGGCUGCAAUACGGCCAGAAAUCCAUGUCAGAACAAGUCCAUGCAAAAGAAGCUGCAUCCAUCUCAUCCAAUCCCAUCCUCUCCAUUCCCGCUGAUUCAGCCCCUCCCUCAAAUCUCAAAGCAGCCUCACGUGACCCCCUCCGCACUCCAGCUUCUGCGUUCCCACCUUGGCAUCUUGUACCUUUGUACCCCAGCUCCGGCAAACCUCCAAUAGACCGAGUAAUAGCCAGAGAGCGAGCGAGAAAUUUAUCAUCGCCGAGCAAAAACGAACCCGUCACCAAAAAAAAACCCCCACCAACCAACCUUUUAACCCGCAACCACUUCUCCUCCCGCAGCAGUCAAACUUGUCAAUUGACUUUUUUGACUCUUUUCUUUUCUUGUCUCCUCUUCUUCCUUGUCUCCCUCCUUCAGAGCUCAGUCGCCCAACAUGUUCCGCACUGCCAUCCUCCGCACAUCCGCCUCGGCCGUCCGCGCCGCUGUUGCCCGACCCGCCGCCAUCCGAACAACGGCCCUGAUGGCUGCUCCUCGCGCCGUCGCUGCUCCCGUCCGCGUCCAGAGCCUCAUGGGCGUGAGGAUGUACAGCGCUGGCGGAAGCCUGAACAAGGAGGAGGUCGAGGGCCGCAUCCUGAGCCUGCUGCAGGGAUUCGACAAGGUCAACGAUACCGCCAACAUCAAGCCCACCGCCCACUUCGCCAACGACCUCGGCCUGGACAGUCUCGACACCGUUGAGGUCGUCAUGGCCAUCGAGGAGGAGUUCAGCAUCGAGAUCCCCGACAAGGACGCCGACACCAUCCACUCAGUUGACAAGGCCGUCGAGUACAUCAUCAACCAGCCCGAUGCUCACUAAAUCGCUUGUCCGACCCGAAUGAUUCUGGAAACAUUGGCCCCCUCUUUUUUAUCUCUCAACUCUCGCGCCUCUCUCGUUAUGCGACUUUAAAAAAGAUUUCCCUCCUGAGAUAUACCCGGAUAUGUAGAGGUUAUGAUAUUGGGUGGGCUACCGAGAAAAAAUAAUGAAUUGUUUGGAGGCUAUUUUC